UUGGCCGAAAGGAGUACCAAAAAAAUGGCGCUUUGUUUCAGUUUGAAAAAGUCCCUCCCUUUCUCCCUCCAUUUCAUUUCAUUUCAUUUCCUUCUUCUACAAAUCUACCGCUUUCUUCCUCACUCCCUCCCUCGAACCCAUUGCAUCUCUCGCUCUCUUUCUCUCUCUUUGUUCAAACGCAACAGAGAGCGAAAGCCGAUCCCAAUUUAGAUCUUCCACGCUGCUACUGCCAUGGCCGAGCGAGUCCGCAUCACUCGUCUAUCUAAGAAGAGGUCUGCGGCGGCGGCUUCAUUUUCCGACGACGACCCUUUUGUUAACAAGAAGCGAGUCGCAUUAGGUGAGCUCACCAAUUUGUCAAACGCCACUCCUCUGGUAAACCCUAAACGCGUAGUGAAGACCAAGAAGGUUAAGAAGUUUGUGCAAGCGAAUGCGAAGACGUUCGGCAAGAGUGGAACUGAUAAUGUCUUGGACGAUCCCCAAAUGUGCGGUCCUUAUGUAUCUGGCAUUUAUGAGUAUCUUCAUAAAAUGGAGGUUGAACCGAAGAGAAGGCCAUCGCCGGACUACCUUGAGAAAGUUCAGAAAGAUGUUAGUGCCAACAUGAGGGGAGUAUUGGUGGAUUGGUUGGUGGAGGUUGCAGAGGAGUACAAACUUGUUUCGGAGACUCUAUAUCUAUCAAUUUCUUAUAUUGAUCGAUUCUUGUCCUUGAACACCAUUCCCAGACAGAGGCUUCAGUUAUUGGGUGUUUCUUCUUUGCUUAUUGCCUCAAAGUACGAAGAAAUCAGCCCUCCAAAUGUGGAAGAUUUUUGUUACAUCACCGAUAACACAUACACAAAAGAUGAGGUUGUCAAGAUGGAGGCUGAUAUACUAAAGACACUUAAGUUUGAAAUGGGAAAUCCUACUGUAAGAGCAUUUUUAAGAAGAUAUACUAAUAUAGCUCAAGAGAGAUGGAAACUAGUUUCAAAUAAGACCAAAUCACAAACUAGCAAUUUGCAAUUGGAAUUCUUGGGGUACUAUCUUGCCGAGUUGAGUCUCUUGGAUUACAGCUGCCUUAAAUUCUUGCCUUCAUUGGUGGCUGCAUCUGUUGUGUUUCUGGCGAAUUUCAUUCUCCAUCCAGAUAGUAAUCCUUGGUGUUCAACACUGCAGAAGUAUUCUGGAUAUAAGCCAGUUGAUUUGAAGGCAUGUGUAUUUCUAAUCCACGAUCUCUACUUUGGUAGAAGAGGAGGAACUCUUCUUUCAAUAAGAGAUAAAUACAAGCAACAUAAGUUCAAAUGCGUGGCUGCUUUGUCUUCUCCUCCAGAGAUACCCGUUUCUUAUUUUGAAGAUGCAUGUUUCAGUAGUCACCACUGAUUUUGGGAUCAAUCUCUUCAAUAAUGCAGUCAAUUGAAGAGAAUCGUAGAUGAUAUCACAUUACACAUGUAAUUACACUAUUGCAAUCUUCAUAGAACAAAAAGAUGUUGUCUUAUAAGUUGAACUAACAAACCCCUUUGCUAUUAACUAAAAGGAUUUUUUGUUUUGUU